ACAAACAAAACUGGUAUCGGGGUCUUAUCUAGAACUAAAAAUUUAAAAAAGGACUUUAUCAUAAUCGAAAUUAGUAUCAAUUUACAUCAUAAUUACUAGGUGUUUUUAUGAGUUCCGAUCGUGAGACGGAUUACGGCACGAUACGGCAAAAUAAGAGAGCAAAGAAAUAUAUCAGUGAUCUUUGAUAAGUAUGUAAUAAUUUAUUGAAGGGAUUGAAGGUUAUUAUUAGUGAUAAGGAAACUAUUUGCUCUUAUAUAAUUUAUAGUAAAAUUUAGUUAAGCACAUUAAAAAAAUGGCAUCGAAAGGUUUGGUGGCUGGAAGACUCGCACUUGUUACUGGUGCAGGGUCAGGCAUUGGUAGAGCAGCUUGUCAGGUUCUGUCAAGAGAGGGAGCCACAGUUGUAGCAGCUGAUAAGAAUUACGAUGCAGCACUGGAAACUAUAAAGAAGCAUAUAGCUUUAGCUUCUGGUUACAGCGAUGCUGGUGAGCACAGUGCUAUGGAAGUAGAUGUAUCUGAACCUAAAUCAGUCCAAAAUCUCCUACAAGCCAUCUUAGCUGAGUACAAGGUGCCUCCGAAAAUAGUCGUGAACUCCGCUGGUGUCACGAGGGACAACUGGCUCCUCAAACUGUCACAGGAGGACUAUGACAGUGUGAUGAAUGUUAAUCUUAAGGGUACUUUUCUUAUAAUGCAGACAUUCGCCAAGGCAAUGACAGAAUCAUCUAUUCAAGGUUCAAUCAUAAACAUAUCAAGUAUAGUUGGGAAAUACGGAAAUAUAGGGCAAACUAAUUAUUCAGCCAGUAAAGCUGGUGUGGUGGCCAUGACACAAUCUGCUGCGAAAGAACUAGGGAAGUUUAAUAUAAGGGUAAAUGCAAUAAUGCCAGGUUUUAUAGACACUCCAAUUAUCAAGACUGUACCUGAUAAAGUAAAAGAGCAAUUACUCAAACUUGUGCCUUUGGGCAGACUCGGUGAUCCCACAGAGAUAGCUGAGGUGAUAACGUUUUUGAGUUCAGAUAAAAGUUCCUUCAUAAAUGGUGCAUCAAUCGAUGUAACCGGCGGAUAUUGACGAAACUUAUCGAUUUACCAAUUAAUUAUUUAUUUAUACUAUACAUUUGUUGUUUUAUAACAAUUAUUGUUAUACUAAUGUUGAAAUGUACGAGUAAUGAGUAUAACCAUAAAUAAAUCGGCAAAGGGGAUAUUUUUGAACUUGUUAUGUAAAAUAUAUCAAUAUAAAUUACUUAUUUGUAGAUACUUAAUUCAAUGGGCAUAAUGUUUACAUUCUAUCUGUGAUAGGUUAGUUUUUAAAGUGGGUUCUUACCAUGUACACUAUACUGAGACUUUUUGAUAAAUUUUAUAAUAAAGACUGGUUCUGGUAAA